ACUGAUCUAGGUACAUUAAAAAAAAGAAAAAUAAAGGUGGAGAAUUUCCCAGUGAUUUUCACAUUCUUCUCUUCUUUUUAUUGUCAAAUGUUCCUCUAGUAAGCAUCAAGUAACUUUACAUCGUAUCUGUUUCCAAUUCUGAGGCGUUUAAUCUUUAGUGUAAUAGUUAGAUCAGCAGUGGCGGACCUAGAUGUAUAUCUGGGGCCCGAAGCUCAAAGUUCGUACGAGACCCAGGGUGAUGGUAGUACUGGAACAUCAUGAUUUUAGAAACACUAAUUUUGCUUUUUUUACUCUGGGGACCCAUACCACCGGCGUUGCGACUCGCCCUUACGUCCCCCUGCCACCAACUCGCAAUGCGUCGUGUGAUCCGCCUCUGUAGAUAAGAUAAUCAGAAUCCAGAAUCCCUUGUGGAAAUUUUAUUAAUUCAAAUCCAUUAUCACCACAGGCUCAUUUUUUUAUUGGGGCAGUCAUAGUGGAAAACAGCAAAAUGGUUCGUGCAUGGUAUAUGGAUGAUGAUCGCAGUGACCAAAGAAAUGAACACCAAAAGAAUCCUCCAGAAUAUGUGAAUAUAGAAGAUCUUACGAGGCUAACAGGCUGCGAAUAUUUCAAGUUAAAUCCAGCUGCAUUGGAUAAAGAUGACAACCUAAAAAAAAUCAAAGAAGAAAGGGGCUACACAUAUGAAGAUGAGAUGGUCUGCUCUAAAGAAUGUCUUCCGAACUAUGAGGAGAAAUUAAAAAUGUUUUACACAGAGCACUUGCACACUGAUGAAGAAAUAAGACUUGUAGUCGAGGGAUCUGGUUACUUCGAUGUCAGGGACAAAAAUGACAAGUGGAUUCGAGUUGAGGUUGUACCUGGUGACAUGCUGAUAUUACCUGGUGGAAUAUAUCAUCGCUUCACAUUGGACAACAAGAAUUACAUCAAAGCCAGAAGAUUUUUCAUUGGCGAACCGGUUUGGACAGCUCACAAUAGGCCUUGCGAUGAUAUGGAAGCCAGAAAGCAAUAUCUUCAGAGUCUUCAGACAGGAGAAGUUGUGAAAGUGUAGCGAUUAGACAUCAACUUGAAACACACAUUCAGGUCAUUUCAUUAAAAACACCAUGCAUCACACCCAUAAUGAUGGUCUAUGAGAGCAGGAUGGCUCCAAAACAAAUGAUUAGAAGUAUAUGAAUGACUUCAAGUUAUAUGUUUUGGAAUCACCAUGUUGCUUUUGCAGAAACUAAUUAAAUAUAUGUGAUGUUAAGGUACAGUUCUAUAAUGAAAUGAUCCUGACAUAUUCUGCUUAAAUAGAUAUGAACAUUAUAUCUGUUUUUUUAUCUAUGAGGUUAUAUAUUUUAUCGUAUACCUAUAUAUUUUAUAAUAAGAAAUUAUAAUAAAAAUAUAAUUUAGCUAAACAUAGAUUUAUAUUGUACAAUCGCGUAUCUUCUCAAUUUGCAAUUUCCUUAAUAUACUAAGUGACAUAUAAAUCCGAA